GAACUGGUGAGUGAGGAGUGUGUACAAAGGGAUGUGAGAGACUUUUUUUUUUCAAUGCUCAUUUGGACUCCAGAAUAUUUUGUUUUCUUAUCAGGACACUGGCCAUGUCUGAAAGUAUUGUAAGGAAGGUACAGCCCUUCACCAUUGGGACAAGGCUGUCUGUCCCUGCUGUACCAAAAUGCCAGGACUUUGCACAAAGUUAUUUGGAGAGCCAGAGUCUAGAUAACUGCACAUUACAGCACAACCUGAACUCGCUCUACCUCAGUCGAUCGCAGGUCUGUGCACAUGGCCCCUGCCUUGUCUCACCCAUUGCCAAGCAAGUAGCCCCUGCGGAAUGUAACCAGGAGGACAUAGCAGCUGAGGACCACCUGAACCAGAACGUUGCCUCUCCAUCUGCUGUUUCCAGAUCCAUCAAGAAGAUCACAAUCUCUGGGAGUAAAGAACGAUCAGAGAACAAGGUGUCAGUCGGACCACCACAGCUCUCAGUCACAGGGUCCACAUCUGAGAACAACAAUAACAACAACAACAUCACCAGCACAUCAGAUCCACCUUUACCCAGAAUUGUGGGAGUAAGCUGUGAGAAUAAACCCAGCUCUCAAUUCAAGGUUUUACUCAGAAAAGACAGCAGUGAUGAAUAUCAAGCCAUGCAGGGACAAACCAGUACGAAAGUGAACGGAGAGAAAUCCCAACAGAUUUCAGUGCCUGAAUUGCAGAGGAAGGAGGCUCAGAGGAAAGAAAGUCAUCUACACACACAGAGUGAAGGGUCUGCAGCUGUUACUUCCCAGAGUGACUGCUUCACUCAGCGCAACUCUCUCUUCAACAAGGAAGUGCUGCAGGCAGAGGCAUGGAUCAAAGGCAAGCUUCAGGACCUGAAGGAUGGCUGUAAUAUUCAGCGCUGCCCCCUGCAGGACUGGGAAGAAGCCUCGCAGACACUUCAGAGAGACCUCAAAGACUUUGAGAAUACCCUAAUUCAACUCAACCAGAUGGGUGAGCAGUUGAUCUGCAAGCUGAAUCCCACCUCUGACCUUGUGAAGAAGCAGCUCAGCCAGCUCAGGGACCAAUGGCAGACCCUGAAACAGACAGCUGCCAAUCAGACGAAGGCCCUGGGUGGAGCCAAGAAUCUGCAGGAGUUCAACAAAAAGGUGGACAAGCUGGAGGCAUGGAUUAAAGAGAAGCAGGAAGAGGAACAGUCUCUGGUAAAUGUCCUGGGGGAAAAUGUCGACAAAAUGCAGCUGACCAGAAGAAUUUUAGAUCUGAAACAGGAUGAGCAGCUAUACAGAAACCUCCACGAGGAGAUCAACCACUUGGCCCUAAAACUGGAGAAACAAGGGAAGACAGAUGGCAAAAACAUCUCCAGCAAGAGGAAACACAUCAAUAAAAUGUGGCUGAAGGUCCAGUCUCAUCUGAAAAACUACCAUGAAAAUCUUCAGCUUGCACUGGAGGUGUCCUCAUUCUACCAGCAGGCUGAUAAUACAUUGUUUGCCAUUAAUAACAUGAAAAAAAGCAUAUCUGCCUCCAAAGAGCUGGACAGCUUCGGAGACAGGGAAAUACGUGACAUCGCCAGUCAAAUCAUGAUGCUAGAUGUGAGCGUGUCCCAGCUGUCUAAUCUGCACCCUGCCCUGGCUGCCGGUGUCACACAGAAGCAGAGUGAAGUGAAGGACUGCUGGGCGCUUCUUCAGAAGGUUUUCAGGAGCGACAGGACCACACUCCCUCCCACUGGUUCCACUUUCACCAGGGAAGAUGCUGACCCGCUGACACCGGCCCGCGAACCCCAGGGCAAUGUGGGAAUGGAGACACAAAGGAUCAUGGGAAAAGAGGUGAAAGAAGAGCAGAAUCGUCUGAAAGGCUGUGUGAGUACCCUUGAAUGUGGGAGUGGUAGGAGAACAGCGAGCUGCCAAAGCCAGGAGCAGCAAUCAGUGAACCACACCUCUUCACCCAUGGGAGAUGGCUCGGCCUGUGCAAAUGAUGUCAUCGUCAGACAUCAAUUGAAGGGGGAAAGCAGGAAGCUCAGAGUUGAGCCGAAGCUUGCUGCUGCCCCGCGAGGCCACCCACAGCUUCACAUACAGCUCCAGAAGUUCACUGUGUCUGCUGACAAGACUCUGUCCUGGCUGAAAGACAACGUGUCCAUGGCCACGCAGGUAUGUUCAAUAGCCAGUGUUGAGGGGCUGGAAUCAGCCAGGAGGUGCCAACAUGCUCUCGAACAAGAAAUCCUCACCAACAGAGCCAGGAUAGAGGUGGUCAAAAGGGAGGGCCGCGGGCUAGUCCGUGCACAGCACCCAGGCAGUUCCAAGAUUGAGGAGUUCCUCAGCCAGCUGGAGGUCCUGUGGGAAGAGCUGCGGAGGAGGCACCAGAGGAAUGCUGUGUUUCUGCAAGCCUCAGAGGAACUGGGUUUUAGGGUUGUGAAAGUGCUCCAGGCCCUGGGCAGCCUGGAAGCCUGGCUGGAGUCCGUGGAGCUUUCCAUGAAGGAGUCUUUGCUAGCUGGUGACCCCGAAACAAUGAGCAUGGCUGAGAGGGAAAGCUGUCUGCUGGAGAAAGAGGUGGCAGCACGCAGCCUGGAGCUCAGCGCUCUCAGGCAAGAGGUUGACCGCCUCCACGGCCACAGUCACCCACAUACACGAGGCUUGCCAGCACGUAUGGAGGAGGUGGAAAGAAAGUACCACCGUGUCCAAAGUGCCCUGACCCAGCAGAGCUCCGAGUUGCAGGACACCCGAAUGCUGACGGAGUUCCUGGAGCGCGUGGAGCUGGAGGAGAGCCAGGAGCUUAAUGGUAGCCAGUACAGCCUGGGCCAGCCUCUCCACAGUGAGAUUUCUUCAGCUCCUGCCAUGCUGGGACUCCAAAGCAGCAGCAGUGGAGAGCCCCUGAUAGAAAGCAUGGGUGACCCUGUGGAGGAACUACGAGAGGCUGUGGAGAUGCUGAAUGACACUGUGAGGGAAAGAGGCCGGUCGCAGAGUCAUGACCAGGCUAUCCAGGAGCUGCUGAGCAAGCAUGCCAGGCUGGCUGUGCGCGUGGAGGAGUGUCUGUGCUGCAGCAAGGAGCUCAGCCUGGACAUCCUGGAGAAGGAGACAGACAUGGCCGUCCAGUGUGAGCCAGACCGCUGCGGCCUGGAGGCUCUGCAGGAGAAGCAGGACCACCUGGAGAUUGACUAUGAAGUCAUCAGAGAGGAAGUAAAGGAGAUGGAGGACCAGGCUUCUCGACUGGAGGAGCUGUGCCCAGAGCGAGUGCAUGUACUCGGGGCCAAGAUCCAGGCAACGCUGCAGGCGUGGACAGAGCUGGGAAUGAGUGUGACAGAGAACAAAUCACGUCUGCAAGAGUUUGUGCAGCUUCAGGACUUCUUCAGGAGCUACCUCGCAAUGAUCUCAUGGACAGAAGACACCAGGUCGUGCAUUUUCUCAGACAUUGCCUUGCAUCUUGGGAAAGACGGGCAGAGGCCCUUGGCUGCAGAGCUGGAUAUGCAGAUUGAGCAAAAGUUCGACGAGUUUGACGAGCUGGCGGCCACAGGAAGAAACCUUUUAGAUAAAGAACACCACCUCACUCAGAUGGUAAGAGAGCGCAUGGAGGAACUGCGGAGUAUGCUCGGAUGGAUUUCGGUGCACUGGAGAGCUCAGAAACAACAGUGGCUCCACAAGAAGAGUAGACAGGAGUCUUCACAAGAUAACAUUUACUCUGAAGCCACAAUGUGCUCCCCAUUAACAGAGAGUCUAGGCCCUGACCUAGAGUCUUACGAGUCCCAUCAGUCCCCAGUCAUCACCUCAGAUGAAGACAAACCAAAUGAGGCAGGAGACGGAUGA